CCCUCCGUGAACCCACGUGGCUCAUGGACACCGGUGCUUCUCAUCAUAUCGUCUCCGACCCAGGAUCCUCGGACGGGCAACGUGAUUCAUCGCUCCAAUGAUAACGGCCCCCUCUACCCUCUGCGCACGCACAUCCCGGUUGCUCAAGCACACGCUGCCUCUGUUGACACCCAGACAUAGCGUUUUUGUUUAUGAGGAGGCUCUACGUGGGAGGAAUCUGCUCCAGGCUAAGAAAGGUUGCCCAGUGAACUUUGAGAUACAAAACUACACAAUAAUAACGAGCCAAUGCAAGGGGCCGGAGUACGCGCCAAAGCAAUGCUGCAAUGCUCUUUUGCAAUUCGCCUGUCCGUACGCCGCCGAUAUUAACGACGUCGCCACCGAUUGCGCCGACGCUAUGUUCAGCUACAUCAACCUCUACGGGAAGUACCCGCCGGGACUGUUCGCCAACGAGUGCAGGGGAGAUAAGCUCGGCCUCCGGUGCAACGAAACUGCUCCGGCAACGGCGGCGGAGGCUUCAGAUCACGGCGGCUGCCGCAGUCCUCUCUUGCUUGCACUUGUUGCUUUUCUAAUACCAGUCAUGUUGUGACAACCAAAAUGCUUUUCUGUUUUGAUCUUUUUGAUCAAGUGACACACAACUUUGAUAAAAUAUUAUGAGAAGUUUAUUUAAGUUUAUCUUAGUAUAUAGUUUUUUAAUAUAUCAAAUUUUAUUGGAGUAUCAUUUAUGAAAAAAAGUGCACUGUUUAUCAUUUGUUUAUUUAGAUUAUACUUAAUAUAUGGUCAAAGAUUAU